AGGUUGGAUUACCAUUAAAAUAUUUCUUCGAGGACAAAGCUAUGCUACUCGGAAACGGUUCUAAGGGCACAUCUGUUUAUGUUGGUAUCAUGGAAGAUGGCAGUGAAGUGGCUGUGAAGAGAAUGUUGCAACAAGCAUGUGACGAUAUAGCUGAAAAUGAGGACAAGAUCCUGAGUCUCACGACGAACUCACCAUUUAUAGUGAACUAUCGAAACUUUGUCAAAGACACAACCUUCGUUUAUCUCAUUGUUGAUCUGUGUGAAGAGACAUUGAAGGAGCAUGUUCAUUCCAAAACUUUUAAACAUUUGAGAGAGAAUGGCCCAAGGAUGAUCAAACAAAUCCUAAGUGGGCUUAAAUUUCUCCAUGAUCUUGGAAUUUUGCACCGAGACCUCAAACCGUCAAAUGUCCUGGUUGAUAUUGAAGGUCGCAUGAGAUUGGCAGACUUUGGACUAAGUCGUGUUUUAAAUGAAAACGAAAGCACAGUUCAUACAGAUCCCAAAGGAACUUUAGGCUGGAUGCCCUCUGAAGUAAUCGAAGCAAUGAAUACGAAAGAAAUAGGACGUUAUAAAAAGAAAUCUGAUAUCCAUGUUGCAGGAAUGAUUGCUUUCUUCAUUUUAACCAAAGGUGAACAUCCCUUUGGUAAUUGUUUGCAUGAUCGUAUGGCAAAUAUUUUGAAUGGAAAUCCAGUUAACUUGGCCAAUCUUGAAGAUCUUGAGGCUAAACAGUUUGUAUCAUGGUUGAUCCAUCAUAACAUUGAUGACAGACCUUAUGCUCAUGAAGCAUUGAGUUAUCCUUUUUUGGAUCAUGUAGAAUUUUACGAAGGGCUUCAUAAGCCAAUAGUCUCACUGGUUGUUGAUGAAGAUGAUGAGCAUGAUCAGCAUGAUAUGGUUGUGGAUUAAAAACGUUCAUGUUAUGCAAUUUCUAUAUUGAAGACACAUAUAUUCUGUUUUAGUGCAGAGGAGUAGUAGAACAGAAAAGACCACACCAAAUAGAACUUGCCCUGACAUGCCGCGAUAUAUACUGCAACAGUUACUAACAGUUCAAGAGAUUUAAGCAAAAAUUUGAAUCUUCGACAUCCAAGCCCCAAAACACAAUGACUGUGCAUAUAUAACCCAAUAUGAAUGGGCACAUGCAGGUUAUGUUACCAAAAUUAUACGAACAUAUUGAAG